CAUGUGGAGGUGUUCUCUGAAGUUACGGAACAAAUCAGAUGUGAGACGCAAGAACCUUUUAAAGCUCAGUCAUCCAAGUUCAGCCUUGAACUGAGUGACCAGAUUUCGGGGUGGUCUGCCAGAGCCCCGCCUCCUCUUUGUGCUCUAAGAGGACUUAGCGGGGCAGAACUCGCAGAGGGAGCUAAAGAGGGGAGGGGGGCCGUUUCUGCUCAAGGCUGGGCUUGCUGAGCUGCUUUCCCGGCUUCAGCAGUCCGCGCACUUGACUCGGACUUCUUGGGAACAGCCAAGUGAUUUAAAGCCCGAAAGGAGAUGAGCAAUCCUCGAGACUCAGGCAGAAAAAGUCCCAGCGACACAGGAAGCCAUCUGGUUCCUGAUGCAUAACUAGUCGGGAGUGUCAGCUCUGUCUGACACUGACCUCGCUCUGCCGUGGCAUCUUCGAGCAGCUGCUGGGCUCCUCACCGGGCUCCCUUCUCUUUCUUCACUGGCUGAUGGAUCUCAAGGGGCUCCUCUCCUUGAACUUCCUGCUGUUUCUCUCCCUGGCUUUUGAGCUGAGCUGUGGAACAGGUGAGAGCUUGAUGACUUGUCAAGAGGUCACCGAGCAGUUGGGAAGAAAUUUGCUGCUGCCCCUGGCAUCUGAAGGCAUAAGUAAGAGCAUGAACAAGAGCAUCCACAUCCUGGUCACAAAGUCAGAAUCACCGCAAAAAAAUGUCAAGACGAAAAUAGUGUCUCUGAGUCUGCCGGAAAGGGCCUCUCCACGCUUUCUGGAAAAUGGCUAUAAAUUCCAUCCGGAAAACCUGAAGCUGGAGAUCCUGCAAAGCAAGAAGGAAAAUGAGGGCUGGUACUUCACGACCCUGGAGGAGAACUUUUCAGUUCGCCAUUUUUGCCUGCAGCUGAAGCUCUUUGAACAGGUCUCCACUCCGGAAAUAAAGGUGUUGAACUGGACCCAGGAGAACGGAAACUGCAGCUUGACGCUGGCCUGCGAAGUGGAGAAGGGGGACCAUGUGGCUUACAGCUGGAGGGAGGAGACGGGCGCCGACCCACCGAUCUCAGCCAACAGCUCCCACCUGCACCUCAGCCUGGGCCCUCAGCACGUCCACAACGUCUACGUCUGCACCGUGAGCAACCCCAUCAGCAACCACUCGCAGACCUUCACCCCGGGGUCCAUGUGCAUGCCGGAUCCUCCAGAACUAAGACCCUGGGGACUGUAUGUCGGGCUGUCCUCAGGGGCCGUCAUUGGUGUCAUCUUGACGCUCAAAGUAGCAGUGCUGCUGUUGAGAAGAAGAGGUAAAGGAAAUCAUUACCAGCCAACCACAGGAGCAAAAAGCCUUACUAUCUAUGCCCAAGUCCAGAAAUCAGGUUCCAUUCAGAAGAAACCUGAUGCCCCGUCGGCCCAGGACCCCUGCACCACCAUUUAUGUCGCUGCCACAGAACCUGUCCCAGAGCCUGUCCAGGAACCAAAGUCCAUCACAGUCUACGCCAGCGUGACACUGCCGGAGAGCUGACCCCAGAGACUCAGUGAAGGGACUUUCCGCAGCAACGUGGAGGGGCCCGGAUAAGCACCGCGCGUGGCCCCAGGUCCCAAGCUCCCCGCGACACGGUGCACAUCUGCCUUCUUCUCAGAUCGACGCCCUGGUGAUGCUUCUUCCACAACCACCCGUGGGAUGGACGAGGGGCCGAGGCUUUCCAAGCGCUCAGCUUGCUCCUCGGGGCUCAGGCCCGGAACAGAGAACUACUUGGUGCAGCUUUCCAGCUCUGUGGUGUAGCAGACGGAAUGAGUCAUGUGGGUCCCGUGAGCUCAGUCCUCCAGGAGUCUUGCCCCUUGCCCGGACCGGACGAUAAGAGCCAAAGGCGGGAAGCUGGGGCCCCCAGUGCCUCCCAGGCAGCUGCCCACCAGCCACGAAGCCUGGGACAGCUCGCGUGCCUAUGCCUGGUCCUGGGAGCCGACCCCGCUCCCCACGCAGCCCCGAUCAGGGCCCUGUGCCUCACUUUCCCCCUCUGGACGGGCAGUGAAGGGUGAACUCCUUAUUAUAGGUAGAACACUCUGGGAUUAUUCUAUGAAAGAAGCUAAUCGGGUCAGUACUUUAUUUGCAAAACCCAGAAGCUGAAGGGUCAAUAAACCAACAGCAAGACUGUGAAGUCUCUGAGCUUUGAAUAAUGGAAGGAAAAUCACCCAAGAGUCUCAAAAAACUACAGGGUAUUUAAGUAUAAUAUUAUAGAACAUAUAUAUAUAUAUACUUAUAUAUGUGAUAUUUAAGUAUUUAAGAACUCUGAAAAAAUGUCCCAUGCAGAUGGCAUUAGGUUUAAAGAAACGUGGCGAGAGUUUGCGAUGACACCGUCACGGAGGAAUUCAGAAUUAUCAGAAGUGGCCCCAGGCUGAUCUUUCACUUCUCCAAAUGAUUUUUGAAUCCCUAUUUCUCUGUUGGCUCCAUUGAACAGCAGUGUCGAGCCUCAGCAGAGACCCUCUCGCCACGUUCUGAACCCAUUUUACACCCACAGGGUCCUUACCAGGCACCCGUGCCCCACCCCUCCUCACGCUACAUUUAUCCCGAAGUGGGAAAUGAACAUAUUGUGACCCAACAGCUACAAGUAAUUCCACGCUUCCUGACUUCAAUUGCAGGCCAGAGACAGAAAGUGUCUCUUUCAGUAAAGUCCUAUUUUCUUCCUCUUCUAGCUCUCAGACAGGCCUUCUUCAGUUUAAGCUCUUUUUUUCUGAUGGGUUCUUCUAUGACCUUAGUGAACGUGGGUUAGGAAAUCACCAGCAAUCUCACAACCAUGUAACGAGGGUCACCGACUGUUCAGCUCAAGGACGCUGAGUGCCAGGGGCACUGCUCUCGUCCUGAUGGGACUAGACCCCGACUCCGCCACCCCCUCCCCUGCCUCAGUUGGACUCAGCAACCCAACACUGCCGGUGCCCCGUCUGCACCAAGGUGACCUCCUCCUUGUCUCUUCCUUUCUUGUUUCUAGUUCAGAGUUGGGGCCUGAGUGGCCAGUUCUAGGUCACUCGCCCAUGCCCUACCUCCAAGGGAGACUGGGAAUUGAGUAUCUGGAACGUUCCAUUUUCGUAGUGCUUGGUGGGCUCUCCCUCUUAGGAGUUAGGAAUUCUGCAAACGCAAGCAGUGGGAUUCAAUUCUGGGAAGGCAGAAAAAGAAAAAAAAAAAGUUCGCUACUCCACCCUGGUAUAAACUGAGGCUCGUUAGCUGUCUAUUCUCCAAAACUAAGGGAGCUACUAUCAAGGAUUUGUAAACUCUGAGGUUAUGAGCACUCGGUCCUUUACUACGACUCACAUUGUUCUAGCAGAUCGGUUCCCAACACCUGGGUUUUUCCCAUGGCCGAACCCCAGCCGGUGGAAGGAAGGAAACAAAGUGGGGAAGAAGAGACUAUCCCCUCAAAAUUCCCAGACCUGGGCUCAAGACCUCACUGAGGAGGAUGGCUGUGCCGUGCGGACUUUCAGGCCGACCUUCGAAUGACAUUUGACGUCCUGUUCUGCACCAUCCAGGCUCCGGGUUCAAGCCGGAAAGCAGAGAGCCCUCAGCUCACACCCUUCCCCGAAAGGCACUGUUGCUGGGCUGGAGCGUUCCUUUUCCUCAGGCCUAAAGAUGAAAAAAGUCCAGUUUCCCCGUGUUUCUUCUCUCGUGUCUUCUUUUGACCGAGCGUAUCUGAAUUCUGGAGAACUCAAGAGGAACAGACCAUUCUCGGGCUUAAGGGACUGGUGGUGCUCUACAAUACGGGCCGGUGUGGUCCCAGGCCUGUCCAGGACACUCACUCUGGCCACGCGAGCCGAUGCGCUGGUAAAGGGUGCAUAUGGGGGCUGAAGGACCACGAUUACAGUAAGUUACGUCUCUUCCUGAGUUGUUGUUUCUACCUCCUGGAAGUGAAUAAAAUUCAGACAAUCCAUCAAGGAACCUGCA